AUGACCAAGUCCCAGCACAUUUCCGAGCAGGAUGACCCAGAGCUGUACAGCAUCGUGCGCGAACAGGCGCGCCUGGCCGGCCUACCCAUGCCCAAGGUGUACGAGAUUCACACCGACUCACCCAACGCAUUCGCCACGGGCCGUAGCCCGAAGAAUGCCGCGGUUGCCGUUACCACCGGCAUCCGCCGCAUCCUGAGCCGUGAGGAGCUUUCGGCGGUGCUUCCCCACGAGAUGGCGCAUGUGGGCAACCGCGACACCCUGAUAAUGGCCGUAGUGGCGACCAUCGCAGGUGCCAUCUCCAUGCUGGCCAUGAUUGCCCAGUUCUCCGCGAUCUUCGGCGGUUUGCUCGGGGGACGCAUCAUCGCCAUCGUCAUGCCGAUAGCGGCGGCACUGGUCCGGGCAGCCGUGUCCCGCACCCGCGAGUUCCAGGCCGACGCCACCGGGGGGCCCACAACUGCGGCGAUCCCCUGGCACUGGCCAACGCGCUGCAGAAGCUGGAACGUGGUUCUGAGGUCCGUCCCAUGCGGGUUGUCGAGGGCGCCUCUCACCUGUUCAUUGUCAACCCGCUUCAGGGGGCCAACUUGGCCGGCCUUUUCUCCACCCAUCCACCGACGUCUGAGCGUGUGA